AUGGUUCGAGGCUUAAGCUUAUUCCUCCUCAUUUUCACGAUCUCUUUUACGCAUAAUAUUCAUGCAUGCAUCCAAACUCAACGUGCUUCUCUCUUGUCGUUUUCCCUCACUCUUUCUUCUCCUUCCUUAAACUGGACUUCUAGUAGUUGUUGCUAUUGGGAAGGCAUUACUUGUAAUCGAGAUGGUUGGGUCACCCAUUUGCAGUUACCCUCCAAAGGGCUCAAACUAAAAGGAGGUAUUUUUCCAUCAUCAUCACUUGCAAAUCUCACACAUCUCACUCACUUGAAUCUCUCACACAAUUCCCUUUCUGGUUCUCUAGAUCAAACUGAAUUCUUCUUGUCCUUGAAUUAUCUCGAAAUCCUAGAUUUGAGCUAUAACCUUCUCUUUGGAGUGUUACCAUCUUCUCUACCAUCCAGUCAUAUUCGGAUGGUGGAUUUUUCCAGCAAUCGCUUACAUGGUGCCAUUCCAUCUUCAUUUUUCCAACAAGCUUGGAAUUUGACUAGUUUCAAUGUCAGUAACAACACUUUUUCAGGUCCAAUCCCGUCCUCUAUUUGCCGUCCUUCUUCCUCGUUACAACACCUUGAUUUUUCCUUGAAUGAUUUCAAUGGUAGUGUAUCUCAUGGAUUUGGGAAGUGUUCCAAACUGCAGGUUUUCCGUGCCGGUAACAAUUACCUGUCAGGAUCGCUUCCAGAAGAUAUCUUUAAUUCUACCACUCUUGAGGAGAUUUCACUACCUCUAAAUUCAUUGAAUGGGGCAAUGAAUGAUAGAAUUGCCAACCUCACCAACCUCACAACCCUUGACCUCUCCUAUAACCAAUUGAGUAGUGUGCUCCCUCUCCAUCUUGGGAAGCUCUCCAAGUUGAAACACAUACUCCUUGAUUUCAACUAUCUGGAAGGCUCGUUGCCUCUAUCUCUGAUGAAUUGCACAAACCUUGUUGAACUACGUAUGGGAGCCAACAACUUGGGAGGUGAUAUCUCCAUGCUCAAUUUUUCAAAACUUAGCCAACUUAGUAAACUUGACUUGCGAAAAAAUAACUUCUUUGGUAUCUUGCCGAGAAGCCUCUACUCGUGCAAGUUCUUGAAAGCAAUUCGAGUGGCCUACAAUAAUCUAGACGUUCAAAUACAGCCUGAAAUUCUUUCAUUGAAAUCCCUGUCCUUCCUCUCACUUGGUGUGAACAAACGUUUGACAAAUGUCAGCGAGGCAAUGAAGAUACUGAUGGAUUGCAAACGCCUUGUAGUCCUAUCAUUAGCAUCUAGUUUUGUAGGUGAGGAACUUCCGGCUGAUCUUGGGACAGUUGAUUUUGAUGGUUUUCAAAAUCUUCGAGUUUUGGAUUUGAGUUCCUGUAACCUUUCUGGUCAAAUCCCUUUAUGGCUAUCAAAGCUCAAAAAGUUAGAGUUCUUGGAUCUGAAUCAGAAUAGAAUCACAGGCUCAAUCCCAAGUUGGAUAGGGACUCUUCCUAGGCUCUGUUCUAUAAGCAUGGAAUUCAACCUACUUUCAGGAGAACCUCCAAAGGAACUGUGGACACUCCCUAUGUUGGUAUCUGAACAAGCUGCAGCUCAAGUAGAUCGUACUGCUAUUGAUCUGCCUAUCUUCUACCCCAGUGUUGAUCAUGCAAGACCUUUACAGUACAAUUACUUAUAUUACGCUGCAUCUAUAUCCCUACAAAACAAUAACCUACAAGGGAACAUACCCUCUGAGAUUGGCCAAUUGCAGCUCCUCCAAACUUUGGAUCUAAGCAACAACAACUUCUCCGGUAACAUUCCAGACCAGAUAUCUAACCUAAAGGACAUGGAGAUGUUGGAUCUCUCCAUGAACCAUUUGUCUGGAAAAAUCCCGAUGUCCUUCACAAAUCUUCAUUUCCUAUCAAAAUUCAACGUCUCGUACAAUAAUCUUGAAGGGCCAAUACCAUCAAGCACUCAGCUCCAAAGUUUCGAUGCUUCUGCAUUUGAGGGGAAUCUGAAACUUUGUGGUGCCCCACUUCCAAAUAAGUGUCAGACAACUAAGGGCACUGAUGCACUUGAGAUGAACACCCAAGAUGCAGACAUGAAGGAGCAUGAAUUUCCAUGGUUUUAUGCUUCUGUUGCAUUUGGGUUCAUAAUAGGAUUUUGGGGAGUCUCUGGCCCUCUAGUGCUUAUGACGAAGUGGAGGUAUGCAUAUUACCACUUCCUAGACAAUGUACAAGACAGGUUCCGGGUGAUGAUUGCAACGCGCAUGGCCAGAGUGAAGAGAAGGUUUAUUAGAAGUUAG